CUCAUCUCUCUCUCAUGCCCGACCUGCCCGUCUCCUCUGUUUCAAACCCCGCCCGACCUGCCCCACCAUUUCUGAAAAACUUUCCCUCUUUCUUUAAGCAGCACAGCCUUCUGUCCCCCUCUACCUCUCUCCACUCUGUCUCUCUCUGUCUGGCCUUUUUGACCAACUGGGUCGGAUUCAAUUUCAGUUAUCGAGCAUAAGACUGCUCGAUCUUUUGCUUCAAGUCGCAGUUCUUGUGAAAAUUUCGAAGAUUUUGUAGCGUUUCUGGGUUGGUUUUGGGUUGCAGUGGAUUUUCUGUGGUACUGAACCACUCUUCUUUCUUUGCUUCGAGUCGCAUUUAUUUGUGAAAAUUUCAUAGAUUUUGUAAAUUUUUGGGUCGUUUUUGGUUUUCAGAUUGGUGGGUUCGAAUGGAUUUUUGUGGGUUUUGAAAUUUCUGGUUCUCCGAGCCAUGAGAAUCUGAAUCUAGAGAGAGUUUGAACUCCAAGGAGAUGGGUUUGGUGCGUAAUCCUAGCAAGGUGGAGAGUUGGGGUAAAAGUAGCAAAUCGAAGGGUAGGAAGAAGAAAGAUGAGGCAGUGGAGGAACCUGGGUGUUGGGUUAAGCUCAGGUUUGGGACCUGCAUGCCUUCGAGAUCCAAAGUUAAUAGCUCCAUCACUGGAACUAGUGUUUCUUAUGCGGAAACUAAAUCUUCAAAUGAGAAAAGUAGAGAUCGAGAAGUUACUCGUGGAGGGUCGUCCACCACUACUAGUAAUGCUGGGAGUUCUACGUCCACGCCCUAUUUUAGCGAGGAACUGAAGGUUGCUUCCCAGCUCCGGAAAUUCACAUUUAACGAACUUAAGUUAGCGACUAGGAACUUCAGACCUGAGAGUCUUCUUGGUGAAGGUGGAUUUGGUUGUGUAUUUAAAGGUUGGGUUGAGGAGAAUGGAACUGCCCCUGUGAAACCUGGUACCGGGCUUACGGUUGCAGUUAAGACUCUCAACCACGAUGGACUUCAGGGUCACAAAGAAUGGCUUGCUGAAAUUUAUUUUCUUGGUGAUCUCAUCCAUCCUAAUUUGGUAAAAUUGAUUGGUUACUCGAUUGAAGAUGAUCAGAGGUUGUUGGUCUAUGAGUUUUUGCCGAGGGGAAGUUUGGAAAACCAUCUCUUCAGAAGGUCCCUGCCUCUUCCGUGGUCUAUUAGAAUGAAAAUUGCACUCGGUGCUGCAAAGGGUCUUGCCUUUCUUCAUGAAGAAGUUCAAAAACCGGUCAUAUACCGCGACUUCAAAACAUCUAAUAUCCUAUUAGAUGCAGAUUAUAAUGCCAAGCUUUCAGAUUUCGGACUUGCGAAAGAUGGCCCUGAGGGUGAUAAAACUCAUGUGUCCACACGAGUCAUGGGAACAUAUGGUUAUGCAGCCCCAGAGUAUGUGAUGACCGGACAUUUGACAUCAAAGAGCGAUGUCUAUAGUUUUGGAGUAGUUCUGCUCGAAAUGAUAAAUGGCAGAAGAUCCAUGGACAAAAAUAGACCAAAUGGGGAGCACAAUCUUGUGGAGUGGGCGAGGCAACGCUUUGGCGACAAGAAGAGGUUAUUCCAGUUAAUUGACCCCCGUCUUGAAGGUCAUUUUUCGAUUAAAGGUGCACAAAAAGCAGUCCAGCUUGCCGCCCACUGCCUCAGCCGUGACCCAAAAGCUAGGCCAAUGAUGAGUGAAGUUGUUGAAGUCCUAAAGCCUCUACAAAACCUCAAGGACAUGGCCAGUUCUUCCUACCACUUCCAAACCAUGCAAGAAGCUCGUUCCAGGUCCCACUCAAGUUCUAAGAACGGCAUCAGAACGCAGCCGGUAUUCAUGCCGAGAAACGGACAGCCCGUAAGGAGCUUGUCGAGCCCGAAUGGUCCACCUGCUUCUCCAUAUUAUCCUGGAAAAUCGCCUAAACCUAACUCAAAAGAAUGAUGACAUUAGUUUUUGUGUAUGAUUAUCUUUAGACUUGACUCUCAUAUUGUACCAGCUUCAGAUUGUUCUGUCAUAUAUAGUACAAACUAAAAAAUCUUUUUACUCUCAUGAUCUUAUCCUCUAUGUUUGGCUGCAAUUAGACACUUGGUUGGUGUGACAA